ACAGUGGAAGCAGCCGGAACAUUGUGUCGCCCCUUUCCCCUCCACAAGCGGCACUUUCUCCGGUAAGCAUUUCUAAAGGUCUUAUAUAAUAGGGCUUUCCAGUAACUUUCUUUUGCGGUCUUUUUCUGCAGGUAUGCAACAACCUUUGUUACUACCUUUUAUUUUGUUUUUGUACCGGGGAUUUCUUGUUAUUCCUUAGUUUUUUUUUGUAGAAAUGGAACAAUGGUUCCACAAUUGGAAGCAAACAGCAGCCAGCCCCAUUGGGCUGCAUCGGCGAUGGCGUGAUGCACCCAGUUCCGAUGGAGCAUGAGUCGCAUCGUAAUUGUUGAAUGUAAAACAUAUGGAUUGAUGGAUAUUCCAGCCACUAUGGAAGCAAGGCCAAUUAAGCUGAAAUGUUCCGGAUGGUUGUAUUGGUUUUAAGUGUUGAAUCUUAUGAACGACAACCAAUUACUUGACCACAGUUUUUAGUUAGGAGAUAUAUCUUUUAUGAUGGUUUUAACCACAUAACACAAAAAAAAGCAACCAUCAAGUCAUAGAGGUGGCCGGUUGAUUUUAGUUUCCAAAUCCUGAAGGUUAUUUUUUUUUUUAAGAAAAUACUUAUGUUUUCGUAUUUUCACUUAAUUUCAUCAGAAUUCCAUGAAAACUUUCUUGGGCUCUUAAGUGGUUUGGGAUAAACUGCAUUAGGUGAUUGUACGUACCAUUUUUUAACCAUAAAAGGGUUGGGAGGGCCUACCCUGCCGCAGAAAGUUUCCGGCCAAAACAAUGAUUGGACAUACCAGGUCCGAUCCAUCUGAUGAGGAUGGACAUUGAAACUGGUUGAUGGUUCGGUAUAUGUCACCAUAUUCAUCCUUUCCCUCGAGCUUGGCCUUAAAUGGCUGCCUUUAGUACUACACAGAGAACUCGCCCUGGUGUUGCCUGUCUCUUUAAGUCGGUCAUAGGCACAAUUGGACCAGCUUUUCUUUCUCCAAACUCCAAACUCAAUGGUUUCAACCGCCGCUGUAUUAUCAAUACCGCUGCUUAUACGAGUGUACUGGUCCUCACCAAUACGGGACAAAUUUUUAGUCUUUUACCUUGUUCUUUUUUAAAUAAGUUUAAAUUUUCAUUAAAAUUUAUAGAAUUCAACCCUAAGGUGUCAAUUCAUGAUGAUCGGAAUCAGCAUCCCUGUAUAUCUACCAAAAAUUAAAAUAAAUUUUGACCUGGGAGUAAAAACUCAAAGUCACAUAUCGGCUGGCCAUCCCCAUAAAUUUCCUUUUAUUUUCAUAUGGGUGCCUUCAACUAUUUUUUUCUUUAUAUAUAUUGGUGUGUCUUAAGUUAUUAAAUAUUUUUGACGUAGUGCCUCUCAUCCGCCUAAAAUUUCUGCCUCCACCAUUGCUCAAAACCAAGUUACAAGCAAUAGCUAAACCUGAAUAGCUAGAAUUUUACAAAAAAAUUGAUUUUUGGAACUCUUUUUUUAUCCUAUGUCAUCCAAAUGGUGCCUUAGCUUUUCUCACUGUCAGUUACAUUCUUUAUAAAUAAAAUAGUGCUGACAUGACUUUUUCAUCACAAGGAAGCAGUCUGAGUUUUACUCAUUGUUCUAACAAUUCUCUCCUGCGCCUUUUCCCACAGCAUAUGUUGAUUGUAACCUUUCGUUAUGUGCUUUAGGUAUGCUGCCUCUGCUAUGGCGACUUGGGUCACUGACAUACAAAGAGAAUAUGAAUCUUAUGAUCCUUCUGAAUAUGAGUUGAAGUUGGGAAAAAAGUGCAUCUACAAAUGGCCUAGCGACCUUGCCAGGACAUCAAGCAUGUCCAUGCACCGCACUCCUCAUAUGGCAUCCCUUGGUCCGUACCACCAUGGGGAGGAGCACCUGCAGCCCAUGGAGCAUCACAAAAAGAGAGCUCUCUACAGGAUCCUCAAGAGGCGCAGAGUGCCACUAACUAGGUUCGCUGACUCCUUAGAAGGCAUAGAGCAAGAACUUAGGGAUAGGUACGACAAUCUUGAUCCAGAGUUGCCAUCAGAUUCAUUUUUAAGGAUGAUGCUGAUUGAUGGGUGCUUCAUAAUUGAACUCCUACGUAGUAGGAGCACGGCAAAUCUUGAUAGACACUGCUCUCAAGGGAUCAUGAAGAACUUUCUUGGCAGUGACGAGGAUGCUGCCAAUGUCUUCAACAAGUUGGGCGAUGACAUUAUGAACUGCCUCGAUGAUGAACUCGAUAAGCAAUUGCAGUCUUAUGUUGCCUCAGAUUGGAAUGCGGCGAGAGCAUAUUUGAAGCGAAACUACUUCCACAACCCGUGGUCCAUUCUGUCUCUACUUGCUGCCAUUAUUUUACUGGUUUUAACAUUUAUUCAGACCGUAUUUUCUGUGUUAGCCGUGCAAAACGACAAGUGAUACCCAUAGCCUUGCACGGGAAUUGCUAAAGAGGAAAGUGAAGAUGUUAAAUUUCAUGUAUGUUGUGUAUCAUGGUUCCUUUGUUGAACAUCAGUGUUCUAAAUAAUUGAAGUUUGAUCGUUGCUUAA